AUGUCUCCAUUCCCUAAAGUCGUCAGAUCUCCCCAAGACAUAGGGAAGAAAUCUGUCGAAAAGGCUUUGGGAGCUCACUCGAAUGAAUCAACCAGCACGGGCGAUUCUGAGUUACUAAGGACAUAUAUUACAAGGAUAUCAAAUCAAACACCACCUAAACAUCUCAGGAGUCAAGAUGGGGCUGUGGCUACCACCUCCCAUGCUACAUCGAUUGAGGGGUUUUGUCCGGAAGAUAGACAAGCAACACACCAGGAUAGAUGCAACUUAAGGACAAUAACUCCAUCACCCAUCAGGCAGACAAGAAGCAGAAGCAAAUCUGGAGAUGCUGCUGUUGAUGAUGAUGGUCUUAACGCACCACUCAAAAGAAAGCCCUCUAAAUUAAUAACUAUUUUGACAUCAGAACAUGAUUACUCCCAAAGCAGUGCUCAUGAGCUCAAAGGCGAUACAGUGUUGCCUCUGUCUUUGGAAGAAAAUAUAUCAGCGAGAAAUAUUGAUUUACAGAGAACAGUCCUAAUACAAGAGUCUGGAAUUGUAGGUGGGAGUGAACCAGGAACAUCAAACACGAAGAUCUCAAACACAGACAGCGCAUCACUACGUAUUAUCACAUCCCAGGAGUCAUCGAACAUAACAAGUCUAUCCUCUACAAGUGCUCAAGAUGAAGAUAAAAAUUUAGGGUUCGAUCUAAACGAUUUUGUUAUCAGAAGGCGGAGGCUAAGAAGCGAAUCCCAACAGGAUGAGCUGUGGGAAGGUUUGCCUUCAGUCACACCAUUUAGAAAACACCCAAGUAAGCUUAAAGAUGAAAAUGAGAGCAAAUAUGACACUAACACAGGUGAUGAUGUACCAGAUGUAAAUAAUCCCUCAUCUGAACCAGCUUCAUCAUCUAAUGAAUCGUUACAGGAACGAACGAGCAGUUCCACAAUUGGUUUGAUAAGUGAGAUUGACUCUAUUCUCACAGAUACGGAAUCGUCCUCUUGUCAAGGUCAUGUGAGCUUUGAGGAGGUUCCAAGCCUGGAGGAAGGAACUCCAGUAUGUAGUACGUGUGGUACAUCUGAGGGAGAAGCAGGUGCAUCUGAAGAAGAAGCUGGUGCAUCUUCUCUUCAACGUGUCCUGGACUAUGACUUGGAAGCAGCUGCAAAUAACAGUCUUUCUGAACUCGAUACAAACGUAAAGAGCAUCUUUUCUAGCGACAUUUCAUCAUGUGCAUCAACAUUCAUAUCCAGAGAAUUUACAUCUCCAAAUGAACAGCAAUAUAGUACAGAAGGAUCAUUCAGUAUGAAGCCUGGAAGUCGAUCAUCAGGUCAACUGACAUUUUGUAGUGAUCCAGGUACACCCAUGCCAUCUGGACCAGAGAGCGUGUGGUGGAGUGAUAAGGCCAACAGUGAAGGGUGGGCUACUCCAGUUGCAGACCCAUUAGCUAUAAGUCCACUUGCCACCAAUAGUAACAGUUCGGAUUUAGGCACAUUACAUACAGAAAGCGAACAAGGGUUGGAGAGCUGCCGUAUACCUAAGGAUGAAUAUGAUUCAUUGAGUAACAGUUGUGAUGCUGUAGACGGUAGAGUCUUCAAAGAGGUGAUGGAAAGAAAAGGUACUGAUGGCCAGCUGGACAUUUCAGCUGAAGUAAAAAACAGCAACCUGACAACCCUCACAGAUGAUAUUCAGUCAGUGACAUCUUCUGAUACAAACACUAGCGUUUCUUUGACGGAGGACAGUGAUCAACAGAAAUCUCCUGUCAGAUUCAUGGUAACACGGUCCGACUGCGCCAAUAUUGACAGUGACACUGCAAAGGAGACUGGUGAGCAAGUCAUGCAACCCACCAGUAGUGAAGCAUCAAAACCCAAGUCUUCCUCCUCCUCCUCUGGUGAGUUUUUGCUUUGGAGUAAGAAGAAGGACAAACGAAAAAUUUCGUUUCCAAAAAUUGUUCUUCGGAAAUGUAAAGAAAGUAGCUUAAGAGCCAAGGAAAGACAUUCUCCUCAACCCAAAGAUGAUGGAGGAGAAAGGCCUCAAUCGAUGACAGAGACAGAUGAAUCUACAGCUACAUCAGAAAGUCCAGCAUCCGGUUCCACUUCCCUGACACCAAUUAAGAGGAGUGCCCGACUCAUGAAAAAGGUUGAUUCCUCAGCAUCCGGCCAAUGUGGUAGGAGUAACGAUUUUGUCUAUACUCCGCUUAAAAGAGACGAUAACAAGACAAAAACAAGGACGUCCACAGAAAGCCCAUCUCCAUCCAGGAGGAGGAGGUCCAGCUCUGAUAACUGUCAGGGGGAAGAGGAUGCAGGAGCAGGCCCGUCUACUGACAGAAACAUUUCUGAUAUUGACGUGACUGUUUUGAGCCCAAGACAACUGAGGAUGCUAGAGAGGGAGGGGAGAGAGGUGGUACAGACAGACAGCAACCACGGCCUGCCCCUGAAAGCAAGAUGGAAGAAAAAGGUGAAGCGCAAUCUCAAGAAUACACAAGGGGCUCUGAAGAAAAGUUCUGGAACCACUCUUGAUCAAAGGGAAAGACCUGAGCUCCAGCAAAUCCCGUCAUGUCUACCACCACGGAGAAAGAAGGGUCCAAACAUAGAUGAAGAAUUGCUUGCCAACCCUGUGUUAGAUAAACAUGCCUGUGUCCUGUGGUCAAGUGAGCAUCGUCGCCACUUCCAGAUGUCUCAUCCUGAUGCAUCUUCAGCAGCUUUAGAUGAAUUACUUCGACGACAGUGGUCGCAGGAGCUGACUCCACAAGAGAAGAUGAAGUACUUCAUCCGUGCGCGUGAUGCAGUCAGAGAUGAAGAUAAACAUCAACCGCGGAUUAGUAGAGGAGAGACAAAACGAGUUGGCAGGUCAGGGAGCAGCCAGAAGUCAACAGAGGAAGAGGAUGAACAAUCCAGUCUUGAGCAAUUCACACGUCUCAAGACAAAACGACAAAAGGAUUUGCUAACAAAAUGGCUACAUUUCUUCCAAAAGGUCUUAUCCCGCCAAGACUAUGCGAAGUUCAUUGAAGACGUCAAAGAAGGAAUCCUAGAGGCUGAAGCGCAGAAUAAACCCAACAAAACCAGAGGACUCACAAGCAAGAUCUUCAGUCACAAGAAACUGCUAUUUGUGAAGAUGAAUAGUUUGAAAGGUCACGUCAUGGCCCAAUACCAUCGGCGUAAACGUCGACUGAAGGAUUUGCAGAAGUUAGCCUUCUACAUCCUGGUGACCAGACUUAUUCAGGGAAAGCCUUGCUCCUUCAUCAAGGGGUGUAGGUCCAAGAGGCUGACCGGGGUCUUGCAGGACCUGAAGGACUUAGAAUACGGGGAUAGCAUUGCUGUACUAGGGUAUCCAAUCCCGACUAACAGCUUUACGAAUCUGUACAAGGAGAUUGUCGAGACAGUGGACUCGUGUAUGUUCAGAGAAGAAACACCGGAUGCUACUGAUCUGGGAAAUCCUGAAACGGUUCCUGAGGAUGGUACCAGCAAUGGUAGAGAUGAAGCUGAUGCUAAUAAAGAAACGACAACGAAUUCCGUAGUGUCGAAGAUUUGUGUUGAUAAAAAGAAUACAGUGAGUCUUUUACAGAAACAUCCAGUUGUACAAGAACCUGAGUGGUUUGAGAAGCCGGUAAGUGAACAAUUCAUGAACAGGACAGUGAAUGAGUUGAAGAGUGUCACCAUCUUUCCACAACUUCAUCCACGAACUCUGGACUCGGUUUUCCUUCCACCGCCGUUCCGGAUGCCGGUGUGCGGAGCUCCGUCGGUUGGAAGGUCACUCCUCCAGAGGGCACCGGGUCAGAUCCAGUACCGCUGUGUAGCCACACCCUGGAUGUCUGGGUGUCGUCCUUCCGUCUCCACCACCCCAAGGGUUCAUUCCGGUCAUCAGUCAGUGAGAGAGGUACUGUACGCAGAUGCUAGGGAUGCCUUUCAACGGUCAUACGCAAGCAACACCGACCCCUGUUGUGAAAUGGACUCACCCUCUUGUGUUUUGUCUACAUGGCUUGUUGCCGAUAAAGUCAGGAAAUAG